AUUCAAUUGGGUAAGCAUGGGCAAAUGACAAUGACUUAGAACUGAAAAAUGGGGACUUUCUCAUCCAUAACACCCAACAUUUUCCUUUGUUAUUAAUGACCCUUUGCCUUUGGGGAAGUAGGCUGUUGCAACCUUUUAUUAUUGCUUUUCCAACCAUCCCAACUCUUAAUUAUUGAAAAGUUUAGAUCUUUCACUUUUUUUUCAUAUUCUUGCAUGUUCAACAACACACUUUACACACUUUUGGGUUGGAUUAGGGAUUAGGGUUCUUAAUUUUCUCACCUGUGAAAUUAAUGUAGUUCUCAUACUUUAGGAAAAAUGCAAUUGGGUUUUUGUUAUUAUGGUUGUUUUGACUUGGAGGAUAGAAAAAGGUUUGAACUUUUUUUUCGGAUUACAGGGUAGACUGAGAGGAUGAGAGCGCUAGGUCAAAAUCGAACCCAAUAUCGAUUGAGACAGAUCGAAUUUUGAAAAGGUUUGAACUUUGAAAUUCUGCUUUAAUUAUUAUAUUAGUUUUAGUAUAGUAAGAGAUUGUUUAAUGUUUUGGAAGAUAUAUAUGGGUAGAUGAACAACCUAAUGAAAAAAAGAAGGAACUAGUUGGGAUGCUUGUUGUUUAUAUGAUCUGUUAUCCUGAUUUCAUAUCUUCCAGUAGCUAAAUAUUUUCAACCUCUUCAAUAUAGAAUUACAUAUAUAUAUAUAUAUAUAUAUAUAUAUAUAUAUAUAUAUAUAUAUUAUGUUAUUUCUCUAGGUGGGUGUAUGUUUCAGACUUUCAGCAGUAAAAAUUAGAUAAACAUAAUUAGUUAUGAUUUAGGUAAGAAAAUCCACCAAUCAAGAUUUUGUAUUGGGAAGUUGGGUUUCUCUCAUACUAUUUUGGGAUACUGAGUUGAAUUUGGUGUAAUAGGAACAGAAUAACAAUACUAUUAUUAGAAUUUGAGGUGGGUUUAAGGAAAUGUUUACUAGUAGGCUAGAUUAGAAUAUUGCAGAUAACCUGUUUGAUAAAAAUCAGAUUUUGGGAUAGUAUAAAUUAGGGUUUGUUAUAUCAGAUUUUGGUUGGUUGAUUGAUAUAGUAGAGAUGGUUGGAAGUAUUGAAGCCAUGAAUUAUAGUUUGUAUAAUAAUGGAUCAAUUCACCAUCAGACAGGCAAUGAGGAGAAGCUCGAGGAUCUUAGAAGGUUAUUGGGAAAGGCGGAUGGUGAUCCCUUAAGAAUCGUAAGUGUGGGGGCUGGUGCUUGGGGUAGUGUAUUUGCAGCUUUGUUGCAAGAUAGUUAUGGUCGAUAUCGUGAUAAGGUUCAAAUUAGGGUAUGGAGACGGUCUGGACGAGCAGUUGAUAGAGCAACGGCUGAGCAUUUGUUUGAUGUGAUUAACUCGAGAGAGGAUGUGUUACGGAGAUUGAUAAGGCGAUGUGCGUAUUUGAAGUAUGUUGAAGCACGGUUAGGUGAUCGAACGCUUUACGCAGAUGAGAUAUUAAGGGAUGGAUUUUGCUUAAACAUGAUUGAUACACCACUUUGUCCUAUGAAGGUUGUGACAAACUUGCAGGAAGCUGUUUGGGAUGCUGAUAUCAUUGUGAACGGAUUGCCCUCGACUGAAACUCGGGAGGUGUUUGAAGAGAUCAGUAUGUAUUGGAAGGAGAGGCUUACCGUUCCCAUAAUCAUCUCUUUGUCGAAGGGUAUUGAGGCGGCAUUGCAUCCCGUUCCCCAUAUUAUUACUCCGACUCAGAUGAUUCAUCGAGCAUCUGGGGUACCAACGGAGAAUAUCCUUUACCUAGGAGGUCCGAAUAUUGCCUCUGAAAUCUAUAACAAGGAAUACGCGAAUGCGCGUAUAUGUGGAGCGGAGAAGUGGAGAAAACCUCUAGCAAAGUUUCUAAGGCAACCCCAUUUCAUUGUGUGGGAUAACAGUGACCUUGUCACUCAUGAAGUCAUGGGAGGUCUCAAAAACGUCUAUGCUAUUGGUGCCGGAAUGGUAGCUGCCCUAACCAAUGAAAGUGCUACUAGCAAAUCAGUGUAUUUUGCUCACUGUACAUCAGAGAUGAUAUUCAUUACUCAUCUAUUGGCUGAAGAUCCCGAGAAGCUGGCUGGACCGUUGCUGGCAGACACAUAUGUGACGUUACUGAAAGGGCGUAAUGCAUGGUACGGACAAAUGCUGGCUAAGGGUGGUUUGAGCCUGGACAUGGGUGAUAGCAUCACUGGCAAGGGAAUGAUUCAGGGUGUCUCGGCAGUUGGAGCAUUCUAUGAGCUCCUGAGUCAAUCGUCUUUGAAUGUGUCGCGUCAUGGAGAAAGCAAGCCGGUUGCGCCUGUUGAACUAUGCCCAAUCCUUAAAACAUUAUACAAGAUACUCAUCAAGAGGGAACAAUCGUCCGAAGACAUUCUCCAAGCAUUGAGGGAUGAGAACAUGAAUGAUCCACGAGAUCGAAUCGAAAUAGCACAAUCCCAUGCUUUCUACAUGCCUUCACUCCUGGGGAAGUCUAUCGAAUCAAGAUAAUUCUAUUCCACAUCGUAAUGGCAGAACCAAGGAUGCAUUUUACGAACAUGUCAUACCGAACAAUCCUUAUUUCUUAAUGUUAAUGAUGUAUUGUACUCUGGAAAAUCAAUAGUAAAUCACUAAAUCUAUUUGCAUUAAACUAUCAGUUUUCUGCUCCCUGUCCCUUUUGUUGCUGUUUGAAGACCAGAUAGUAACCUGUAAUUUGUAGCUGUAAUAUAGUAGUUUAGCCGAGGACGGAAAUUACGAUACACAGUCGCCUCAGCUUUAAGACUUAAGAUUUCCCAUCUGUAUCGCGACUGAGGACUCGUGCCAGGACUGCCAUAAAUCGAGUUUAAAGCAGCCUAAUGAUGAAUUAUUGUAAAUUUUGAGCAUAACUCCAAAAACAUAAAUAAUGUAUAUUUGUAUUUCCAAGAUAUUCAAGUCUACGACCUUCUAUACUAAGCAUUUUAGUGAUAGAAAUAUUGAAAAGGUUGCUACAAGCAUGCUUAUUUCCGGAUCCUGUAUUCCUUUG